UCAUUGUUGACACAUCAUUCUCAAAUCAAAACUAUGAGUUAUCGAUCCACCCUAUUGUGCUUGAAAUGGCCGACGUUUAGGGGGAGUGUCUUGCGGAAGUUAAGUUUUUGAGCUUUUUAUACGUAAUUAAGUAGUCGGGCCUCCCGUGGGGCUGUAUACAUUCCAUUGAGCAGCCAGUGAACAAAGAAGGUGGAUCACCAUGGCAUGGAGGUUUAAGGCUUCUAAGUACAAAAAUGCGGCGCCGAUUGUGCCGAAGCCCGAGGCGUGCGUGCGGGAUGUGUGUGUCGGGUCGUACCAGACGUACGGUAACAAUAUCUGUGCGUCAGCUUCGUUCAUGGCUUUCAAUUGGGAGCAUGUAGGGAGCAGUAUGGCGGUGCUGCCGCUGGACGACUGCGGCAGGAAGAGCAAGACCAUGCCGUUGCUGCACGCGCAUUCUGACACCAUCACAUCAUCUGAGUUCUCGCCGUUCCAUGACGGUCUACUGAUGACCGGCUCACAAGACGCUUUGGUAAAAAUCUGGCACAUUCCACCUGAAGGCUUAAAAGAGUCCCUGUCUACUCCGGAGUGCACAUUGUCACAGAAGCAGAGGCGUGUGGACAACGUUGGCUUCCACCCGGUGGCCGACGGACUGAUCCAUGUGGCUUCCGGACACCAGCUAGCUCUGUGGGACCUCACAAAGCAGGAGGAAGCUUACGUAAACCGCGACCACACGGACGUGAUCCAGUCCGUUUCAUGGAAGAAGGACGGGCGGCUGCUGGCGAGCUCGAGCAAGGACAAGCGCGUGCGCGUGCUGGACCCGCGCGCGCCCGCCGCCGCCGCCGCCGCCGCCAGCCACCGCGGCGCCCGGGACAGCCGCGUCGUGUGGGCCGGCCCCGACAACAUACUUACUACUGGUUUCGACUCAGCCCGCCUCCGUCAGAUCAUGAUCCGAGACAUCCGCAACUUCAACACGCCGAUCAAGACGCUGGAACUAGACUGCUCCACCGGAGUAUUGAUGCCGUUGUAUGACGCUGACACCAACAUGUUGUUCCUAGUGGGCAAGGGAGAUACGACGAUCCUGUAUAUGGAGGUGAUAGAUAGGGAACCGUUCCUGAUUGAGGGGCUGAGGCAUACUGGCGAGCAGAGCAAAGGAGCGUGUCUAGUGCCGAAGCGCGCGCUGCGAGUGAUGGAGGGCGAGGUGAACCGAGUGCUGCAGCUGACGAGCUCGUCCGUCAUACCCGUCACGUACCAGGUGCCCAGAAAGAGCUACCGUGACUACCACGCAGACUUAUACCCAGACACGGCCGGACCGGUCACCUACCUGUCAGCGCCGAUGUGGCUAGACAACAUGGACCACGCCGUGCCCACCAUCUCUCUGGACCCGGCCGCCGCCAGCUGUGCGCAGGUCCACCGCGGCAACCUAGACGACCUAGUGAAAGCGAUCCUAGCCAUGCCCGUGCCAAAGAAACAAGACUCAAAGAAACCCGAACCGAAAGCAGAAGAACCGAAACCCGCUCCCAAAACACCCCAACCCGAAGAAAAAGACAAAGAAGAGGAAGACCGUAUUGACUUUGUCAACGUUAAAGACCUAAUCAAGGGCAUGGAGCAAAAAAAAGAGCCAGCCGUCUCACCGAUGAAGACAGAAACAAACGGUUUCCACAAAGACAAUGGUCACUCAAAGUCUGAAGAAGAUUGUGAGACAGACGGCGAAAAGUCACUCGAGAAGACAGACAGUACCGAGUCAGAAUCACCUUCAUCCCACAGCAAUGGCUUGUCCAAUGGCGUGCCUCUGCAGGCCCCGAAGCCUCUGCCCAGGUCUUCCAUCUCGGAGGGUGGGUCUGGUGAGGAGCAGGAGGUCCCGAAGCCCAAGCCGAGGACGACCGCAGCGGGGCAUGGAGGUUAUAAGCCGCGUCUCGGUCCCAAGCCGUUCUCGGCUUCAACCGGCAGCGAAGAGUUUUCCUUCGAUAAAGUGUUCUCCGUGCCCGCCGCCCCCGGCGACCAGAAGAACCAGUCAGCCGUCUCCACGCCCGUCACGUCGACGCCCAAAGCCGAGUCGGAGGAGAAGGAGAAGUCACUGUCUCCGACUAGUGAUGUGGAGACUACCACUAAUAAAGAGGAGUACACAAACGGCAAGUCGGACACGAGUGUGGAAGAGGAAGUGUCCUCAGACUCCGGCUACAGACCGAAAACACCCGGCACGGCCGAGCGACGCAAGCUGUUCGAGAAUACUACUACUACUGUUACUGACGGUGCGAACCAGUCGAUAGCGGACCGUCGUCGCGCGUAUGAAAUGCGCUCAGUGAGCGUCGCCGUCGAGUCCGACACGCCCGCCUCGCCCGCUCCACUGCGUCGUCGCGACUCUCUCAAGUCGCGCAAGUCGCCGGAGCGCGAAGACAAGCGCGCCUCCGUGCCCAAUGUCACCACCAAACGAACCUCUACUGUGUUCGGAAGGGUAUCCAAGUUCCGUCACCUGAAGGGCACUCCGGGACACAAGUCUACACAUAUCGAAAACAUCAAGAACAUUUCCAGACAGAUUUCUGGAGAGUGCAACGGGUUCUAUGCGAACGGCUACUUCGCCACCGUCCCCAUAGCCGGCGGCGGGGGCCGUCUGGCCGUCAUCCCUUUACCCGUGGGGGCGACCCCCGUCUCCUACGCGACCCCCGCCACGGGGGGCGCGCCCCCGCCGCCCCCGCUGCUGUUGCACCCGGCGGCCUUACAGCAUUGGGCCUUGGAUCCGUUCUGUCCGCACAGGCUGAUGGUGGCCUGCGAUGACGGAUCGCUGAACCAGUGGACCAUUCCUGAGGGCGGUCUAAAAGAGUCCACCAACCAGCCAGAGCGAACGUUCGCGGCGCACCCGGACAAGAUCUACCUGAUCCUGUUCCACGGGACCGCGCGCGACGUGCUCGCGAGCGCCGCGCACGACCUCUCCGUCAAGAUAUGGGACCUCAGCGAGGACACGCCCACACCCAAUAUUGUACUUAAAGGGCACACGGAUCAGAUAUUCGCGAUGGACUGGUCGGUAAGCGGGGAGUACCUGGCUACGCUCUGCAAGGAUGGAAACAUAAGAAUCUACAACCCGCGCGCCUCACCCGAUCCCAUCCGGUCCGGCCCGGGCCCGGCCGGCAGCCGCGGCGGCCGCGUCGUGUGGGCGCUUCAUGAUACGCACCUCGUUGUGACUGGUUUCGACAAAGUGUCGGAGCGCCAGAUCCUCCUCUACUCGGCGAGCUCGCUGGCGGCGCCGCUGUGCACGGUGGGGCUGGACGUGUCGCCGGCGAUCCUGCAGCUGCACAUCGACCACGACUCGCGCACGCUGUUCCUCACCGGCCGGGGCGACUCAACAAUCUACUGCUACGAGGUGACCUGCGAAGCCCCCUACUUAUGCCCUCUCUCCCAUCACCGCUGCGCUCGCUUGCACCAGGGCUUGAGCUUCCUUCAGAAGAACCAUGUAGCCGUGGAGAAAGUGGAGUUUGCGAGAGCAUUACGUCUGACUAAUGGAUGCAUUGAGCCGCUGUCGUUCACGGUGCCUCGGAUCAAGAGCGAGUUGUUCCAAGACGACCUGUUCCCGCCGACCCUAGUCACUUGGGAGCCGUGGCAGGAGGCCAAGGCGUGGUUCGCGUCGGCGCCCGUGUCGCCGCGCCUGCACAGCCUGCAGCCGCCCGGGAUGGAGUCGCUGUCGGCCCAUUCCCUCCCGUCACCGCAACCCAAAGAAGCGAAGGAGAAAGAGCGCGCGGUCCAGAAGCCCAAGCCCGACCUCAUCAAGUCACACGUGCCCUACGAUCCGAAGGACAAACAGGAUAGCAUAAUGAAAUCGAUGAGCGCCAAAGUGCAAGUGAACUUGAAGCUAGAGCAGGACAACAUGGAGGGAGUCGACGAGACAGAGUGGGAGCAGUAAUCAGCGUGAACUAGUCCUAAUUUAUACACUGCGUACGCCCCAAAAUCGCUUACCACGAUCUGUAGGUUGUGGAUGGUAGACAGGGAUGGCAAUAUGUUUGACAUUUCUGUUUGAUGACAUGUGUGCGUAGUUGGAAAGCUAUGUUGAAUGUUUAUACGUUUUAGGUUUGAAUAAUAGCUUGGAUGCUACAGAUAGGUUGGUGAGUGUGUUUGGGGUCAUUUAUAUAUGAUAAAAAUAUGAUGGUGUUUGUAAAGUGGCAAGACUUCUCGAUUGGUUUGAUAAAGUUGCGUAGGCUGAUUUGAGGUAAACUACGGGUUUGACUGAAUAAAACGAUGAUAGAAACGGCGGAUAACAUCCAAAAAAUGAGUAUGCAUUGUGAUUUUAGUAACAUAAAUUCAUAAGUCUUGUCAUUUACAUACACAAGUAUCCUCUUAUGUAACGUACAUUAUGUAUAAAAUUAUUAAUAGCACUCUCAGAUUUUUAUCCAAAAUCGGAUAUUUGCAAUAUUUGUGUUAAAAAAAUGCUGACUGCUUUUGGGGUUUUAAUAGGUUUUCUUUGUUUUUUAAGACUAUGCAUUUAUUCCAGAGUGUUGGAAAUAA